AUGCACUCUACACCAUCAAGCUCCCGUUCCGCCUCUCCAGAUAUGGUAGAUACCAUGCAGAUCUUCAUCAACACCGUCUCUGGUUCCAGUAUGCCUCAUAUUCCUUCCUCUCCUUCUCAACAGUCCCAAGAGCAAGAACAGGAGCUAACUCCCUCGGCAGCAAUUCCUAUAACCGUCCCAUCAGACCUCUCCAUCCAAAACCUCACCACACUCCUCAGCGUUCGGACCUCCCUCCCUGAGUCAGACCUCCGCCUCGUCCACGCCGGGAAGCACCUCUCGCCCUCCUCAACACUCGCCGACUACCACAUUGCGCGAGACUCAACACUCCACCUCGCACUGCCUCUACGCGGCGGCAUGCCUCCCAAGAAGAUCCGUUGCACGUAUAAGGACUGCAAGGAGGGUGCACAGAGGAUCAUUGGGGAUUGCGGGUUCUGUAACGGACAUUAUUGUGGGAAGCAUAGGCUGUUAGAAGACCAUAAGUGUGAUGGCUUGGAAGACUGCAAGAAGGAAUCGCAUGAUCGGAAUGCGGCGCAGCUUAAUGCUGAGAGGACACAGGUUAUCAAGGGGAUUUAG